AUGAAAGAAUUGUCGUUGUUAUUAGUCCUGACAGUAGUGUUGGGGAUCACCUCCAGUCCCGUUCAAGUGGGGACCCGAGCCUCCAGAGAUCAUAACGAUUAUACUAAAAAUCCUCACCGAGUUGUAUGUUAUUUCGGGAGCUGGGCAUUUUACCAUAAAAUAGAUCGUUUUGACAUUGAUAAUAUUGAAUAUAAUUUGUGUACUCAUAUCAACUAUGGUUUCGCCAAAAUCAAUGAAACCACUUAUGAGAUACAAGUCUUCGAC